CCGCGGGCCGCGCAGAUGGCGGCGGUGGGCGCCGGGCCGGGGCCGGGGCCGGGGCUGGGGCCCGGUGGGACCCCGGGGCUGGAGGCGGCCUUGCAGAAGCUCGCGCUGCGGCGGAAGAAGGUGCUGAGCGCCGAGGAGAUGGAGCUGUACGAACUGGCGCAGGCGGCGGGCGGCGCCAUGGACCCCGACGUGUUCAAGAUCUUGGUGGACCUGCUGAAGCUGAACGUGGCGCCCCUUGCCGUCUUUCAGAUGCUCAAGUCCAUGUGUGCAAGCCAGAGACUGGCAAGCGAAGCCCAGGACCCUGCCGCCGUGACUCUGCCCACAUCCAGUGUGCCGGAGAUCAGAGGUCGUGUUUAUUGGUUAAUCUCUGGGGGUGGUGUACUCUCUUGUUUCCAUGGAAACUGUGGCCCCAGAAAGCCAGAGCAGUUUUGAGCUGCAAGGUAGGACCGUGGGUCAUCCCUGCUACGUAGCUUAGAGACUGAAAACGUGACUUCACAACUUGAUUUAUCAGAGGCAACUUGCAGACUUCUGGUGUGGGUCCAAUUCCUUCACCUGCCCACCUCCUUCCCUCCAGAGGCUAACUUUACUGGGUAACACUUGCACUCCUGUGGAAGUCACCCCACCCCAGAGAAGGACAACAGGUCGAGGGGCAGGGAAAUGUAGCAUGGUGUGCAGUGGGGAGCAAGCCUUAGAUAUGAGAACCAUCUUGGCCUCUUAGUUGCUGUCAUCACUCAGUGGCCAUCCUGGAGGAUAAAACCAAGAUUCCCCUUUCUUGCCUGGUGGCUCUGUUUGGGGAAACCUUCCAGGUGUUGCCAGGCGAUAAUGUGGGGGCCCAUGGCCUGGAGUGUGUAUGGGCCUGAGUUCCCACAUCAGCGCUCUUGCCAUGACUUUUACAUCCCUCCCCAAACUCCUACCUUGCCGGUCUAGGUGGCACCUGGAACUCAAGCACAGGAGGGGAGCGGAGGCAUAAGGGCAGGUCAGGGGUGGAGUGAGUGGAUUCUGAGACUGAGCUGAGGAAUCAAUGGGCAUGUUUCAGAGAAGCUGGGCACAGAAGCUGCUCACCCAGUCACUGGGUGACGGACAGGCUCGGUGCUGAGGGCACAGUGGGUCUACGGUGAGAUGGACGUGGUCUUGGACCCAUGAGGGAGAAACAUGAACCAACAGUGGCAGAGAUGGACGGGCACCACAGGGAACCCCAUCCAGUCAUGGGAGGAGUGCUCCCUGCUUGCUGAAGCAGCAGGGGUUAACCAGACUGGAGGGCAGGGCGCAGUGGCAGGGAGGCAGCUGAGGAGGAAGGCAGGAGCUGGACCUGAGUUGGUUAUUGGGAGGGUAAGAGACUAGGUCAUGGCUAUGGCACUAGAAACACUGGCAUUGAGGGGUCUGGAGGAUAGAGGAGGUGGGAAGGUACAGGCAUGGCAUGGAACACUGGGCUCCAUCUGGUCAUUUUCUCCUUUAAUGCUCAGGCCUUGGUCCUGCUGGACUAGGUGGCCGGUGGCCAGGGUUCCAGGGUACACAGGCCUCAUGGAGGUGGCCAGUGAGAGUAGAGGGCAGCCUGGGAGAGUGGCCGAUGGGAAGGGUCGGGGGAGUAGGGCAGAUGAGGGGUCGUGCCAGGAAUGCGCUGUGGCUGAGAGGCAGAAGCCGUCAGGUAAGACUAGGAUCUCUGAGGCCGCAGCAUGGACAGUAGGUCAUCCUGGUUCCUGCUCCCCAACCACGUAGUGGGCCUAUGUCACCAACAAGCUUACAGAUCUCGGGGGUCAGAAGAUCCCCAAAGCACAGAGGGGUCACGUUUAUCAUGGUAAGGGAGUGACUGAGGAAGAAUUUAGUUGAGUGUUUUUUGUUUAAGUUUAGGGCAACUAUGUUUUAAAAAGGAGUUCCUUCGGCAAGUGUAAGAUGGAGUUGUUUGAAACUACAAGUCUGCAAAGCUGUGCUGUCCAGUGUGGGAGCCCCUGCUUGGCCGCAGUGGUUGGCACACAGUAGGUAGAGGUACACGCCAGAUGCUGAAGAACUGGCACAAAUGAGAAUGUAACAUCUCAUCAGUGAUUUUUAUAUCGACCACAUAAUAUUUUGGAUAUCUCGGGUUGAUUAAACUAUAUUAAAUUUCCUGUGAUUUUUUCUUUUUAACGUGGCAACUAGAAUAUUUUAAAUUAUACUGUGACUUGCAUCCUUUUUCUCUUGGACAGUGCUGUUCUAGGGCAUUCACACUAACACUCCCUGAAACACCGAGGCAUGGCUGUGGGCGCGCAUGCCUGGGAGAGCACCUUCCCAAGAAUAGUAGGCUGAGUUAAAGGUUUAAAGAGCACAUCCGUGUGUUUGUGGGUCUUUGUCAUCGUGUCUGUGUUCUGGGACCAUUAAUUCCUUAUCGUGUGCCUGGCCAGAGAAGGCAUCAGUCCCAUAUAACUGGAGAGCAGACUUUCCUGUGAUCUCACCAGCAGCAGCCAUGAACUGCCCUGGCCGCCGGCCAGUUUUCAAGCUACUGGGGGUGACCUGCUGUGUUGGCAGCUCCUGGCUUCAGUGUGCUCCAGAGCAGGACUGUAGUUUUUUUCUCACAGGCAAUUCUUGCCUGUCCUCCCUGCCCCAGUGUAUUCAGUGCACAGUGCACACAGCCAAUGACCCCAUAGACCAUCUUACCACGAGGGGGUGCUCUACCAUGGAGCUUUUCGGGACUGGCAGGAAGGGAGGGGAAGCAGCUUGUCCUCAGCUUGUCCUUUUAAACCUUCCAUCCCCACGAACUCUGCCACAGAGCUUUCAGGGAUGGCGAGUUGGGAUCAGGAGGGCCACCGCAACGGUAAAUGGCAACCAGCUGUGAGAUCUCUCCAGCUUCAGGACUCCCCAAGUCACUGGUGACUGACAAGCGGGUGCAUUUUGGGGUUUUGCGUCAUUAAGUAAGGGUCACAAAUUUCUGAGUGGUUACAAGGAUAAGCACCAAUUUGUGAAAACAGCAGGACUGUUUUUCACCUUCAGUUACUGUCUGUCUAGGCCUAGGAGCAUCUAGUUCGUUACCCGCAUCCCAUCCCUACUUCAGCUUACAGUCACCAUGGCUCAGCCCCAGCCUCCAUUCCAUCUGACCCUAAGAAACCAGCUGCAGGGGAGCUGAGCAAACAUCUCCCAGGGACCAGUCCAAAAAGCCCUGGCUGGGGCCCCCCAGGGAGGGCAUGACUGAGCCAGGAAACAAAGCGGGGAUCUCCACAUGGAAAACGUGAUUCCUGAAGACUAAGAACUGCAGAGCUGGCGAAGUGGUCUGCUUUCAUUGUUAGAUGGCUUACUUAACACCUUGACUCUAAGUUACUUGGGUUUAUUUCCAGGGUUUAUCACCUUCAUCAGAUUUUAAAAUGAACAGUUUGCUCUUUUCUACUUUGCUCUCAUCCUUGUUCCCAGAACAAUCUCGGUCAUUAUCCUAAGGAGAGAGGAAAUUCAGGUGUGUAGCAGGGCAAAGAAAAGCUGGCUUCAAACAUAGGCCUCAUCAGAGACCUACCCUGCCAUGUGCUGAGGCUGAGCUGGACCUGAGCUGUACUCCUGAGUCCAAAAACUGUUUCUGGCCUCACCAAAAGUUUAUGGGCUGUUGAGGCACCUGGGGUCAGGCUAGUUGCUACCGAAGAGCUAAAUCUGUCGCAGCCUGGGGAAGGCUGUGAUUUCCGGGGAAACUAGCAUUUUGUGGGUGAUCCUGCAGGGUGGCACGGGCGAUGAAUGCAUAGAUGACCCGUGCCCACUGACCAGUCACUGGGGACCAGAAUAUUGUCAUUUUACCAACGGCCGUGUUUGGUGCCAAUUCUCUUUCCCAUGGGUCACUUGGCCCACCUUCUUCCGGCCACCCCACCAGCCUCAGCUCUGGGGAACCCCUUUUUUGUUGAAACAAGUGUGUAUGAACACUCGAAUGUGAAUCCCAGGGACACAGGCAUAUCUGAGCUGUCAGCUCUAGAUACAUCACCACUUCCUACCCACAGGCAGCAAAGACCCUUGCCUAGAAAUUCUCUCAAGGGCCAAUUCCUGCAGGAAUCUGGGGGGAAUUUAGUUUCAGUAUUAAAGAACAUGGAAAAUGAGUCUGACCUAAAGGAGCCAGGGUCUACAGCAUCACACAUACAGGUUCCUCCGAUUGUUUGAGAUACAGAUGGGAAAACACAAAUGUCUUCUAAGUCCCUCAGAAACUUCACUGCCUCAUCUCCAAGAACUCAAUUUCCUACUGCCAACUAUUUGCCUAACUGUUGUGGAGCUGGGACGCAUACCCACAGAGCAUGCCAUAGGAAGGGACUGUGACCAAAUGGGCCAGCCUGUCCCCAGUAAGGUCCUCUCGGUCUUACUGAUGCUGGGAAGCAUCAUCCGGAGACUCAGGAACCACUUCUGUGUUUGGUUUUAUGUGGGGGGGGGGGGGGC